GACGUCGUUAUCUGUUGUCUGUAUAACCAUAUCACUGCUAGAGCCGGCACCAGGCCACUAGCGGCAUCUUCCUCCACCGAUGACGGAAGAGACUGAAGCAACGCAGAUAGCACACUAGUCCCCAACAAAUUCAGAUGUCGUCCGUUUCAACUUCGAUCCUCCGCCACCACUCCACGCCGUUCAUAUCAACCACCGUCCACCGGUGCGCCUCCAGCUUCCGUUCACUCUCUAUCGCCGCCUCCAGAAACCAAAACCGUGAAAACGUCUCGAGGAAAUCCCAGCAGCCGAGCAAGCAUCUACUCAAAGCACGCGACGCCGUUAAACAUUUCUCGUCUCUAUCACCGUCUCUCACCUCCACCGAUAAGCUCCAUCUCUCUCCGGACCAAGCCAUCGGAAAAGUUGCCUCCGCUCAAGCCAAUUUUAUGCGCGUGGUGGUUGAAUCGGCGAAAUCCUCGUCUUCGGAGGAAGAGGAGGGACUUGGAGUUGAGUUGUUGUGUGUGGUAAGGAAUUUGCUGAAGAAGAUUAAGAGGAGAGUAUUAGUAGGAGAUAAGGUGUUGGUAGGUUCGAUAGAUUGGGUUGGUCGAAGAGGAAUGAUAGAAAACGUGUUCCAAAGAGAAACUGAGAUACUUGAUCCUCCAGUAGCGAAUGUAGAUCAUUUACUAGUUUUUUUCUCUUUAGAUCAGCCGAAAUUGGAGGAAUUUUCACUCACUAGGUUUCUAGUGGAGGCCGAAUCAACGCAGAUACCAGUCACACUUGCUUUGAACAAGACUGAGCUCGUAGACAAAGAGACAGUGGUGUCAUGGAAAUCCAAGCUUCGUAGUUGGGGUUAUGAACCGAUCUUUUGCAGUGUUGAGACAAAAACUGGACUUGAUUCUCUACAGUUCAACUUGAGGGAUCAGACUACAGUAAUCGUGGGUCCAAGUGGUGUUGGAAAGUCUAGUUUGAUCAAUGCUUUGAGAAGCAAUCACUUUGGUCUUACUGCUGCAGAACUGGAUGAUUCUUCUUCAAAUUCAAACCAUAUUUCAGGAAGCAAGUGGCUUGAAGAUCAAAGAGUUGGAGAGGUGUCAGCAAGAAGUGGCAGGGGAAAACACACAACUCGCCAUGUUUCCUUGCUUCCAUUAUCUGGAGGAGGAUAUGUUGCAGAUACUCCUGGCUUUAAUCAGCCGAGUCUAUUAAAAGUAACAAAACAUUCGCUUGCACACUGCUUCCCAGAGGUUCGCAAGAUCCUUUCAGAAAGUGAACCAUUGAAAUGUGCAUUCAGUAAUUGUUUGCAUCUUGGGGAACCAGGGUGCCUUGUGAAAGAGGAUUGGGAAAGAUAUCCAUUCUACUUCCAACUGCUUGAUGAGAUCAAAAUUAGAGAGGAAUUUCAGUUGAGAACUUUAGGAACCAAACGAGAGGGUGAUGUAAGAUACAAAAUGGGAGAUAUGGGGGUGAAACAAGCAGAACCACGACUAGAGCCAAAAAAACAUAGGAGACAAUCACGUAAGAAGAUGAAUCAAUCAUUACUAGAUGACAUAGAGGAGGAACUUGAUGAUGAUGAUGAUGAUGAUGAUGAUGAUGAUGAUGAUGAUGAUCCCAUUAUACAAGCAAUGAAGAAUGAAAACCAGUAGCUCGCUAGUCAUUGUAAAUACUAAAUAGCUUUGAUUGUUGCUACUUUUGGAAGAAGGAAAUAGUUAUGGAUCCUUGAGGAGGCAUCAUCUUGGUUUGGAGAAUGUAAAAAACUUGCAAAUAAGCGUUCGGAAAAAAAAAAAAAAAAAAGAAGGGAAAAGGUUAAAAAUGACUAACAUACUAUUCAAUUUCUCCA